AUGACAAUAGGAUGUGUUCAAGGCUCCAUUGGGGGCCCCACAUUUUGGAAUAUUCUACUAGACCCCCUGUUGGAUGGGUUGGAGAAACGUGGGGUAUAUUGUCAAGCGUUUGCUGACGAUGUUGUCCUAAUAUUCUCCGGAGGAACUAGCUCAGUUAUACAAGAUAAUGCCAACAACGUCUUGGCAUAUGUACAUGAAUGGGGAGUCAAAAAUAAACUCAAAUUCGCACCACAUAAAACAAAGGCUAUGAUUAUAACCAAGAAGCUUAAAUAUGAGACGCCACAUAUACAAAUGGGAGGAACUGAGAUAACAUUAGUGGAAGAAAUGAAACUACUCGGCCUUACAAUUGACCACAAAUUGACUUUCCAGAAACAUGUGCAACUAGUUUGUCGUAAAGCCGCUAAUAUCUACAAGCAACUCGCACGUACAGCUAAAAUUGAGUGGGGACUAAAUCCGGGGAUUAUCAGGACAAUAUAUGUAGCAGUGGUAGAACUGAUAAUCUUAUAUGCGGCUAGCGCGUGGGCCACAGCAUCAGAAAAAAUUACCUUUCAAAAACAGCUGAAUGUAAUCCAGAGAGGAUUCGCGCAAAAAAUGUGCAAAACUUACCGAACAGUCUCCCUAAAUGCCACACUACUCCUAUCAAGAUUGCUUCCUCUAGAUCUUCGGGUCCAAGAAGCAGCCUCUGUUUAUAAAGCAAAGAAAGGUUAA